UCAGGAAUCCUAGGAUUACAGUGGUAGUUUACUCCUCCUACUAGUACACCUAUCUGCCCUCGAGUUGUAGGCUACUAUUGCAUCUUGGAAUUGGUACCAUUUUUUACAUACAACAACCAUUUCUACAAUGGCAAUGAUGCUGCCAUUCGGUUAUUCCGCUGUCUUUUACAUGCUGGUCGGAUACUUUGAUUCUGCAUGCGCUGGAUCCGUGCUUCUCAGCUCAAAUGCCAUCAAGAACAUACCUUUAGUGGCGAGUCCGAGUCACCCGAUAAGCGCGAGCCCUGACGACUUUUCAUUUGACAGCGGGACCCAAAAUAUGGCAAUUGAUACCAUACAGUCUUUGAGUUGCUCCACGGAUGAGGAGUGCGGUGACCAUGGUUUAUGCGUUGUGUCCCGAGGCGCCUGUCUCCCGUGCAAGAGGCGCAGGAAGCGCUGUAUCCGGGACACUAUGUGUUGCCCGGGCAACCAGUGCAGCAAUGGUGUGUGUUUACCCGGCGAUCCUGACAUGGUUCAGCACAUCAGAAUGGAGGACAUAGUGCCACUCAGCAAUACACAGGAGAAAAACUCUACAGUGGAACUGAACUCCAAGUUGCCCACACAAGAUCUUUCACAAACCCCAAAAGGUCUGGAAGGAAAGCACUGCCUGAGGUCUUCAGAUUGCACAGAGGGACUUUGCUGUGCGCGUCAUUUCUGGUCCAAGAUCUGCAAGCCAGUGUUGAAAGACGGUCAGGUCUGCACCAAGCACAAAAGGAAAGGCACCCAAGGUUUAGAGAUAUUCCAGCGGUGUGACUGUGGAGACGGUUUGUCCUGCAGAACACAGAGAGGGGAGCACAACAGCAAGGCAACUCGAAGUCUGCACACUUGCCAAAGACAUUGAAUCAGCAGCAAUCUAUGGAUUUCGGUAGCCUUUCAGAAAGUCUAACUGAAGGACUGAUGUGAUUUCUGACAAGUGAAGUGGAAAGGAAAGAGUUUACUAUUGGGAGACCGUUUUGUUUUGGUCUUCUGAUUUUAUCACUCAAAAAUAGCAGAGUAGUUGUGAUUGUUUCUCUAUGGAACUUGACAUAUAUGAUUAUUACGGUAAAUUACUGUAUUGUACAUAACUUAUAGAUAAUGGCACUUAAUUAUUUUUGGUCACAACUAUUCGAAGAGAAGGUGCUCUCUAUGCUGUUAUCACAUUAUUGUAAAUGUAUUAACACUGUGAUUUAUACAAGUUUAUAUAGAUUCUGAUAUCAAUUUAUAUUUUUAUUUGAAAUAAAGAGUGUUAAAAUA